AUGUCAAGUUUACUCGCCGCUUCAAUUUUUCAGAGUCCAUUUUUCCCAAGGAGAGCAACUUAUAUUCAUGGAAUGUUGGAAAUACUGGGCAGAUUGCUCGACCUUGGAGUACAAUUUCGUAUGGAGACAGGGACGCAAACGAAGGAUUUGUAUACUGAGACAAAAUGGGGCAGGACUUUUGAUAGACCCGCUACUCUUCCAAUAGGGUACUGCCGAAAAGAUGGAAAAAGAAACAAAAUCAAAGUAAAAGUUGUUUUUAAGCAAGUCAUGACUAGCAAAGGGCGUUCUGACCUACAAGCUUUCGAAUCUGUCUCCUCGAAAAGAAAGCACUAUAAUCCGAAUGAAUUCAUUAGAAAGAAAAAAUCAAAAAGGUCACCGAUUAAAUAUCAUCCGGAUUCUUUACAUAGCGAUAUAACAGAGAAAACACAUCUUGUUAUCAGAGAUGAAUUAGAAAGGUCGUGGUGCCGGGUUGUUGCUUGUACUUUACAAAGUGUUUAUAUUGUUUGUGGUAAACAACCCACCAAAAUGCUGAAAUGGACUGAAGGGUUGAACCAAUAG